AUGUCUGCACCACCUGUUCCUGCCUCUCUUCAAAAGAGCCUCGACGCCACCAAGGUUGAAUACGUAAACCUGGGAGCCUCUGGUCUCAGGGUGUCCGUUCCAAUCCUGGGCGGCAUGUCUCUCGGGUCAAGCGAAUGGGCGCCGUGGGUACUGGACGAGGAAGCAUCGCUCGAGAUCCUCAAGGCCGCCUACGACCGCGGCAUCAACACAUGGGAUACCGCAAACAUGUACUCCAACGGUGUCAGCGAGGAGGUCAUCGGCAAGGCCAUCAAAAAGUUCGAAAUCCCCCGCGAAAAGCUCGUUCUCAUGACCAAGUGUUUUAUACACGUGGGCGAGGAGACCAGUUUCCACGCCACCAUGUUUCCUCAGCAAGUUCGCCAGAGCAAAGACUACAUCAACCAAGGCGGUCUCUCCCGGAAGACCAUUUUCAAAGCUGUCGACGACGCCCUAGCCCGACUGGGGACGACCUACAUUGAUCUUUUCCAAAUCCACCGCUUCGACCCGACGACACCCAUCGAGGAGACCAUGAAGGCACUCCACGACCUUGUGCAAUCCGGAAAGAUCCACUACAUUGGCGCUAGCUCCAUGUGGGCAACCCAGUUCGCGCGGAUGCAGUUCGUCGCUGAGAAGAAUGGCUGGACUAAGUUCGUCAGCAUGCAGAACUUUUACAACCUCGUCUACCGUGAGGAAGAGCGGGAGAUGAACCGAUUCUGCAAGGACACGGGCGUCGGCCUUAUUCCCUGGUCACCUCUUUAUGGCGGAAAGCUGGCGCGGUCUGUCAAGGCCGAAAACACCAGCAUUCGAUCUCAGGGCAAGGGUCCAAUGAACCCUGAUCUCACCGAGUCAGACGAAAACAUCAUUUGCAGAGUCGAAGAGUUGGCGGAGAAGAAGGGAUGGAGCAUGAGCCAUGUCGCGCUGGCGUGGAUUAGGUACAAGGGCGGAGUUGCCAUCACCGGCUUCAACUCUGUCAAGAGAAUCGAUGAAGCGUGCGAGCUGCGUGGUAAGACUCUAACGGAUGACGAAGUCAAGUACCUGGAGGAGCCUUAUGUUGCCAAGAAUAUUAUUGGCCACAAUUAG